AUGGCACCACCCCGUCAGCGCGCACGCACGUCGGAGACCCCGACAAACGAACAGCUUGCCCAGAAUCUGCAACAGCUCACGCAGACUAUGCAGACCCUCAGCGAGGCGUUGUUGCACAACAACAAUCCCGCUCCACCUCCACAGCCUACCAGGCAUAGAGAUAUAGGGCGCCUUGGGUCGGGCCAUAGACCUCCGACGUUCACCGGUGAGGAAGACCCAGUUGUUCUCGAAGAGUGGGUUCGGACGUUCGACAAGAUCUUCUCGAUCGUUGGGUGCCCCGAGGAGCGCCGCGUGGAGCUAGCAUCGUUCUACUUCAGCCACGAAGCUGAUUUGUGGUGGAUGCAUGAGGGACCAGCUUGCCUCGAGGAGCCUGACUUCGACUGGACGGCUUUGAAGGACCGGAUGCGAGAGCGGUUCUAUCCGGCGCAUGUUCGAGCCGCGAUGUAUAAGGAGUUUCUGCACCUCCAACAAGGUUCUUCAUUGGUGGUUGAGUACCACAAGAGGUUUCUAGAGCUCGCUCGCUUCGCCAGGUUGCUUGUCCCCACCGAGCUCGCCAAAGUUGAGAAGUUCGUAGCAGGUUUGAACUACGAGGCGCGCAAGGCUUUAACCGUGAGCAAGCCGAGGUCUUUGAAGGAAGCUUACUUGAGUGCAGCAGACUUGUAUCGGGUGCAGCAGCUACAACGUGGAUCUUAUGAGCUUGCCAGGAAGAGGACCGAGAGCGGAGGAUCUUCUAACUUCAAGAGGCCAAAGCAGAACUUCCAAGCCAAGAAUGCACCUUCUCCAACUCAAGGACCACCUCGAACGGAGUCCGGAAGCCAAGCCAAGAGGUUCGCAUGUCUAAAAUGUGGUAAGGAGCAUGCUGGUCAGGAUUGCAACGGUUUUGCGUUCCGAUGUUUUCGAUGCGGGGAGAGAGGACAUAAGAUUGCCGAGUGCCCUCAGCAAGCCAACCAAAGGGCGUUGCCACCGUCUUCGGGUCCCGGAGGAGCAUCGGGAGAGAGCUCGAGUCGUGGAGCAGCCGGGGCUAGACCCUCAGGUCGGGUUUUCGUGAAGGGGCGAUCUUAG